AUGUCUUCGCCGGAAGACUUAUUCCUGCAGUAUGAGGGGAAUAUUGUCCCGCGCUCAUUCAACGGUGGCUUCGUCGCGCUGAGCUACAUCAUAUCCCUCAUCGGGGCGGCUUCGACACUCGAGCUGAUCAACAGGAGAACUUCACGCAAUGGCCUGUCCAACCACGUUAUCCUGGUCAGCGCGGCCGUAACAAUGGGCGGAAUCUCGAUUUGGUGUAUGCACUUUAUUGGCAACAGGGCCAUCGACUUGGCGCAUGGAGAGGCCGAACUUCAGAUCGUAUACUCGAGCGGCUUCACUGCGUUGUCGUUCUUCAUGCCCAUCUUGGUACUGCUCACUGCUUUCGUCGCCGUCGGGACAAACAACAAAGUCUCCUGGUGGCGAAUCGCCCUUGGAGGUACGAUCGCUGGUGGUGCCAUCUGCGGUAUGCAUUACCUGGGUAAUGCCUCGAUUGACAACUAUUCCUGCAUUUACAACACGGUUAACAUUGUCGGUGCAGCUUUGAUCGCCGUAGCUGCGAGUAUUGUGGCGCUAUCGUUGUUCUUCGUCUUCAGGGCAUCCUGGACUAAUUCGUGGUGGAAAAGGGGUUUGUCUGCCGUCGUGCUGGCUGGUGCUGUCUCAGGGAUGCACUGGUGUGCUUCGACUGGGACUCAUUAUCGGCUCAUACGCCUAAAUUUUGGACAGAACCAGCUCACUCGCAAUACGACCUUCGUUGUGGUCAUCUGCCUGUCCGUGGCUGCCGCGUUGAUCAUGGCGGGUGUUGCCAUGUACUCUACCCACGUCAGGAGGCAUUACGCUCAUAAGGCACAGCAGGUCGUUCUCGCUGCUGCUGUGUUUGAUCAACAUGGCCGCAUCCUCGUUAACCCGGAUGGACUAUUGCCCUGCGAGAAGAUCACAGAUACCUACAUCGAGAAGACACCAAGUGACUUGUUUAAUAUCGCCCACCCUCUCUUCCAUUGGAUGUUUCAGGCGUCUCGAAACUGGAAUGGACUGACGAGCAUAAUUAAUGGCAUGGGGAACCACCUUGCACAUCUCCCUCGAAGCGGUCGAGAUGCGAAGGUUCGACUCAUCGACGAAAACGGCCAGCUCAUUGAAAAUUACGACAUCAUCUUCCGUGAGCUCUUCUGUCUCGCGGCCGUGAACUUGGCAGACAGGAUGAAGGAACACAUUUCGAAUGUCGGUACGCUGUGGGACGAGAUUCUCCCCACGGGAGCUGGGGGGUCGUUUCGGCGGACGGACGACUUGACGCAGAGAAAUCGUCGUAGCACACAGAUUUUGGGACCGGAAGAAGAUGACUUUGCUGAAAAAGGAGAGGUUUGGAAAGCCAAGCAGCAAGAAUACGGCCGGGGAUCUCUCAUGUUUCUGGUACGUCGUCUGGAGAUAACGCGUAACGUUGAACGGCUUGAAGCUGCAGGCUUCCGAUUCGCCGACAUCAACCAGGUGUGUGGAAUUAUUGGAUCCAGCAUGCAAAUCAAGACGAGGAAUCUUGGCGGCAAGCUGAACGACAUGGCUAGAUACGCCGAAGAGAACAACAUGAUGGAGCCCGGUGUGCAUUUGGGCUUUUUUGGCGUAAGAGCGAGGGUCGGUGCCGGUUUUGACAUUCUGGUCAGGCGAGAGGCCAGGAACCUGAUUCCUUCGUUGCAAAUGCCACUUGAGCGCCUCGAAUUAUGGCAGAUCGAUUUCCUACGUCAACUGGAUCAUGUAGACGUGCCGUCGCUAUGCCAAAAGCUGGAAGCUACCAAGAAGCAGUCCCCACGAGAAAUGCUCUUCGCUUCUCAGCUGUACGACACAGUGGAGGCUCUUCGCGCAUGGAUAGACAACCCAAUUAUCGACGAGGCGGUGCUAACAGCCAAGGUGGUGCGAGUCCCCUGCCGAGCCCGGGCCGGGACGUCCUCAGCCACCACCUGCACCUUGAUUACUCUUCACAUGGUGAUUCCGAUCCACGUCAACAUGCAAAGUCCCAAGUGCGACUUCAUCCCGUUGAGCUUCUUCAAGGUGCAUCAGUUGGUGUACAAGAAUUCUCCUCAGCAUGCGGCAUUCUCCCGUUCGGUACACCGUGAUAUUGCCCCCAUCGUCAACGCUGUGCCACUCAGUGUCCCGACACUAGGUCAUGACAGUACAAGAAACUCGUUUCGAUCAACCCGCCUCGAAGCUGGCGCCUUCAACCACGCCUUCAAGCGCUGGAGCCGGCCAAGCACGGCGACAUAUUCUGUCGAUGAAGACGGCAAUCCGAUUCCGACAGAGUUCGGCCACAAAUCGAGUACAGGAUCCAAUCACUCGAGCUCGACGCUGAAGCUGUGGAAUGGGAGCCGUAGCGAACCGCGCUCGCCGACCCACGAGUCGACGUCUUCGCGGUUCAUAGCAGCCCAUCCACAAUCCAGCUUCGGCGGUAUCAUGGUCUCGCAAGAAAUCCAGGUUGAAGUCCAGGAAGCGGACGAAAACCAGUCGCAGUGUGGUGCGCCAUCGGCGUUAAACCGGUUGUCAACGCAAGGCAAGCCCGGGGUGGAUCGGUUGACAGUCGUGACGACAGAGCGCAGGAAGACACAAUUGCCAGGUGCAGUGAUUGAGAUGAAGUCCAUGCCGGAAGGCCGAGAGGAGAUCCACAGUGGCCCAACAUUGGGAUCUGCGGUGGUUGAAAGCGAGAAAUUCGUCGACGUGACCACCUUCGUGGAUGAGCUGUUUACUGUUUGUGUUGAUGGGAGGUAA